GGCAAUAUUCCUCGGGAGAGCCGCAAUGGAGAAGUCCAAGAACUUCCGAAUCGAUGCUCUGCUUGCCGAUGAGACUCGCCGAGGGAACCGUGACCACUCCCCGGGUCUCAGUGAUAGCCCCACGGGCAGCCCCGUGUCGUGCCGGCGCGCGGACACCCCAUCCCCUCGCGGGACGCCAGGGGUCAUGCAACUUCAAACCGGAAUAAUACCUAAACCGGGACUGUUGAAUCUCCCGCAUCCAGGACUCGCCUCGUUACCUCAUGGGGCAAUUCCGGGCAUGUAUCCUGCCCCUAUGUACCCAAUAUCGGCUUUAGGUGGCCAGCAUCCGGCCUUUGCAUACUCCGGGUUCACCCAACUCACUCAGCCGUAUCCAGAUCACCUAAAGGCGGCCGCCAUGGCGGGGUCUCUCCCCUUGGAACAUUGGAUUCGCGCCGGGAUAAUGAUGCCACGCCUUCCUGACUACAGUUCGAUGCCCCAGUCUGGCCUGUUGGGCAAGUGUCGUAGACCCCGUACGGCCUUCACAAGCCAGCAGUUGCUGGAGCUGGAGAACCAGUUCAAACUCAACAAGUACUUGUCCAGACCCAAGCGCUUCGAGGUGGCCACCUCCCUGAUGUUGACCGAAACACAGGUAAAGAUCUGGUUCCAGAACCGGAGGAUGAAAUGGAAGCGUAGCCGAAAGGCCAAGGAGCAGGCGUCUUCCUCGGGGCAGUCAGACACCGAACUCCUGCGCACGGGAAAAACAGCCGACAAGUCGUCGCUCGGCAACCGGGCUGUCAAUCAAGACGACGGAGGGGAGGAGCUGGACCUAGAGGAAGGGGAGGAGGAGGAAGAGGAGGAAGAGGAGGAACUCGGAUCCCAACGUGGCUUCCCUGUUGCCGUGGGUAACGGGGUGGGAUUGCCGCGUUCAGCCUCGGACUUCCUGCAGCGCACGGCGAUGGCUGAGCUCGGUUACAACCCCCACAGCCCCUUCACCGACGACGAGCUGGAAAAUGUGGGUGGGGACAGGAAGAUAGGGGCGGGGUUAUGAACAAACAACCACGCCCACAAGAAGUGCAGGUUGACCCCAUCAGGUGUUUUUCGGUGUGUGCUUAAAGACUUUGGGCCAGUAGACAAAGUGUUAAAGUGUGUUUUGUGUACCAUGACGCAGUGUCAUGUUUUCUGCGUCUCGGAGGUGUGUUUAUAAAGUUGGACGAUGUUGGAGUGAAAUGUGCUCACCUCACUUCAAACGGAGCCGAAACCUAGACACACACACACACACACAAGCUGUGGCUGAAUAAAAUAAAAUAGGUAUAUUUCUGUGGCAUGCCAAAUGUUUUUUUUUGUGUUUUUUUUUACAUAAACUUGUCAGACCAUAGAGGUAGCCAGUCUACCAUGCUCUGUUGAAGAGAUUACCCUGAGAAAUAGGUACUUACAAUGUGGCAAAGCACACUGGUUGUCUGUGCCGUUAUUUCACCAACGUCCAUCUUCUCUUAGCCCCGCCCCCUGGCAUGCUGAUUGACAGCAGUGCCGCCUCCCCCAAGCUCAGCGGCUGAAUGAUGGGUGGCGAGUGAGUUAUGUUCAGGAUCGAAGGACUG